ACGGAAACGAGUCGUCAAUCGUGUUUUGGUUCUUUGUGGAAUACGUCGCACAAAAUUUUCCUUCCUGUACGAGUCAAGUUGCAGGUGAUUAUCGAUUAUUUCCGAAAUCGGACCAAUAUUCUAGCACAGUUGGAUUUUGUCGGGUACAGAAGAUUCACAAAAUCUAAAGUGCUUCUCAACAAUGAAAUUCUAUCUGCUCGUUGUGGGACUGGCAGCCGGGAUUGCCCUGGCCAAUGGAGCCGCCAGCGGCCUCGGAACUUGCUCCGUCGAUGAAGGAACUUGCACUUCGCGGUUCUCCGGCUUUCCGCACCUCCAGCCCGAUAUGAACAAGUACACCAAGCAGAUGCUGGACAAGUCGUUCGACUUCCUGCUGCUGUCGGCCGUGUUCGAUGUGUACAGUCUGGAUCGGCCGGGCUUCGAGAAGCUCUACCGCAAGACGUCGGACAAAGCCUGGGAGGAUACCAUCGAGCUGAUCAAGUACCAGAGCCGUCGCGGUGCCUACGUACAGCUGGGCGCGGGAAGCAGCGCGCACGAUGUCUCCAGUUUGCUUCAGAGCAAUGAGACCUCCUCGCUGCAGUUGGCCUUGGAGUACGAGAAGCUGCUGGCGAACGAAGCGCACCGUAUGCACAAGAAGAUCUCGCAUGCCGACAGCACCAAGCACUACGAUCCGGACGUGGCUCACUACCUGGACGAGAAGCUGAUCGAGUACCAGAGUGGACAGAUUCGCAAACUGGCGGGUUACAUUACCAAUUUGAACGAUAUUGUCCGUGAGGCUAACACUAAG